GCGGCGUUGGUUGGUCCUUGUGUGAUACAUAUCUGUCAUGCGUAUCGGCGCUUUGGUGUUUUCGAUGAUACCUUUUUGAUGUCCUUCUCGUCUUUCUGAGGACGCGGGUACAGCUUGUGACAAUAUCAGCUUGAGAUGUCUUUGGAUGUCAUGGUUGUGGUGGAAACCUAUCUAAGACGAAUGAAAUGGGAAACGGAUUGGAAGAGACGAAUGACAGCUUGCUGGCUGUUAUUCCCUCCAUUGUUUUCACUCUCACUGUCAAUCUCGCUCGGGAUGACCUCGACUUAACGGUCUCUGCUUACUUCUGCACUUUUCGGCCACUCAUUAACUCACCCCAAGUUUCUAGGCUUGAACGAGGCCAUCUGCGUCUAUCCAACUUGACCCCCGGAGACAAUAGGCCCUCGACCUUUCAGUCAGUCAGUCGGCGACCCCAUCCUCCCGACUCAUGCUAUCAACUGCGCCGGCUUGUCCUAUUUACGAUGCGACAGUCUAAAUCGCGGGCAUUGUCUUACCCACCUUGUCAAUCUAAUACGAGCACAUCGUCGAGACCCUCCUCUUCCGGCCCCUUCCUUUGUUCGCGUCGUCUUUGUUUCUUGUUCUCCCUUUCCUCCCCCUUACCCUUAACUCCGCAUCCGGAAAACCAGGCGAACCUCUUCGUACAAUCCAUUUUCAUCUUGGCAGUUGCAUGCCAUGCCCUCACCUGGUCAAAGAAAACUCGAAGCAUCCCUAAUUCCCGUUCUUUCAGUGAGAGGCACGGAUCAAACGAAGAAAAGAAAAUAGAAGACGAACAAGGAACCGAUUGCAUUCCUGGCCGGCAUGAUGCUGAGCCCAUUAAUGGAGCAACCGAGGGAGGCCGUGUCUUCUUUUCUUUGUUCACUGCAUCGCCCUUGUGCUUUAUUUCGCGACACACAGAGUCAGCCCACCACCCCUGACAAGCAUCUCAAUCAACGUUCGAGUCCUUCACAUUGAUAUUUCUUUGUUGAGUUCAACGACUACGAGUGUUGUUGAAAAGGAUGGGCGCAGGUACCGAGCUCACUGCUUCGUCUGCCUGGUCAACCUCUCCCCCUUUUUCUUCCUUCUCCUCCGUUCUUUUUCUCUCUGUGUCGUUGCCUUGAAAAGAUAGCCAUCAGCCAUCAAAAUAACUGUCGUGCUGCCUGUUAGUGAUUUGUCUCACCUGCAUGCAUAUAGUGUCCAACUCCUUUCCUGCUGUGUAAGUCUCUCCGA